CUUGCAACAUUCUUUCACGCAAGUAGCAGGAGGGGAACUGCGCUUCAUAUUCCCAAACCCCUUUUAGUGGGGGGAGACGUGCGGUGGACUGAAGCUCUGGGUCUGCAAGAUUUUUUCGGCUUUUUGCAUUUUUUCUUUUUGGAGAAUAGGCUACUUUGUCUCGUGCCUUUUCUCGCAGAAAGGAACGCGCAGUUUUCAGGGCGGAGACUAACACUUGCAACAACAGUGCGAUCUGCGUUUUAGCCUUUUAACUCCAGAAUAGCCUACAUUGCGAGGCUGAAAACACGCCGAUUCACCCGAUAUUCCUGCGGAAUGGCAUUUUUAGCAUUUGCCGAAUAGUUUCACAAAAUAAACUAAUGGAGCUUAUUUUCCGUGUAGCUAAAAUAAUACCCGAGUGAACUGCCAACUGUAAGCUACGUACAGAACAAGCCACACUUCACAAACAGGAGUCGAGCUUUUAUUGGUUUAAUUUAGGCUAUUGUGACUCUACAGGCGCAAUUACGUUUUGAAAAUAGGUCACGUGCGAUGCUUUGGUGCGUACAAUUGUAUUUUGACAAUGAUGUACAUAGCCUACCUUUAGGAAAUUGUAACACUAAUUCGAAUGUAAGUAGCCUAAAAUACAAACGGCAUAGUAGCUUACACGACGUGGACCCCUGAAUGAGCUGCUAGACUAUUGUUUUUGGUCUGUAUGUGGGAUAUUUCGUUGGUGGGCUGUGCACCCAGAGCUGUUUUUACCCAAGAGGGGCAAUACUUCUUUGUGUUGGUCUACAAAAGUCUCUUCUCGUUGGAUCAUGAGGAACUCCGAGGAGGUGGAUGGAUUUGAUGGCGAGGCCUCCAACACGUCGAUGAUCUCUGGGGCUAGUAGCCCAUAUCAACCGACUACUGAGCCCGUGCAUGCGAGAAACGUCCUGGGGGAUAUCAGGUGUGACACGGAGUACCUGAAAUCGAACUUCGGAAUUUUAAAAAUAACUGAAGUGGCCCUCUCUCUCAUCGCCUUCAUCUGCAUAGAGACCAUCAUGCUCUGCCUGCCCUGCGGCGGGGUCUACUUCUUCGAGUUCGUCAGCUGCAGCGCCUCGGUCGUCACCGGUGUCCUGCUGGCGGUCUUCAGCCUGCGCCUCCACGCCAAGGUGCCUCAGGUCAACUGGACCCUCACGGACCUGGUGAACACAGGAGCCUGCACAUUCUUCUUCUUCCUGUCCUCCAUCGUGCUGGCGUCGCUGAACCACAGCUCUGCGGCUGAGAUCGCUGCCGUGAUAUUUGGCUUCCUGGUGAUGUGCGUCUACGGCCUGAACACGUUCCUGGCGGUGCGGCGGUGGCGCCAGGGCGACGGGCGGCCGGGAGCAGCUCCGAGCAGCGAGUACACGCGCGCCCGGACCGCCUCCCGCGGGGAGGUGGAGGCCCAGCCCGAGCUGCAGUGACCCUCCCCUCCCCCGAGGUGGCCCGGCUUUGGGGGAGGCUGGACGGAUGCAGGGGCGGACCGACACCGGCCCCGUCCUCCCUCCAGAAACCAUGUCAUCCCACUCGGCCCGUGUCCAAUGCCCCGUGCCCCGGUUCUGGUUGCGGUCCUCUUGCGCGUUCACUCAACUGUUCACCUGGAUUAGGGCCGGGGGGCCUUGUAUUUUUUUUUUUAAACCACUUAUGGGGGACCUAACCUCUAUAUUUCCUAAAGAGUCCGACCAAGUCACUGUAAAGAUUCCAACCAUUUUCUCUAUGCGUUAACUUUUUUUUUUUUUUGAAAACCCUUUCCUUUGUUGUAAGUACCCUGCAUUGAGUGAAUGGGGGAAACAGACUUUUGCAUUCUGCGCUAUGUUUGGUUUGAGGGGAUUCUGAUCUGAAAACUGGCUGAAGACAUUCCAGCCUCACUGAUGACCAGUUCUUCAGCUGUGGCCCUACUCAAAGUGACUCGUUACUGAAGUGACUCGUUAAUGAAGGCUCCAAUGCUAAAAGCAGUGUGUGACAUGAACUUUUAGAGUGAACCAUGCUCUGUGACAAUCAGUGUGUUCAAAUUCCUCAUCCCGUUGCCCCUGGCUUAAGCACUGUAUGCAGUCUUGAUCCUGCAUAGCCAGACCUUUAAUGAAGGAAAUAUCACACCUGAUAUCUUAUUUAUCGAAUGUAAAUGGAAAACUGAUUUGUACGUUAAAGGUUACUAUGUCUUACUAUGAUAACAGAAGGACGUUACAUUUGGUAUCUCAUCGAAGGUAGAAAAAAACUGAAAGUGUAACAUGAAGAUUAUUAUGGUUUUUAUUCGGCGUGGAUGAAAAGGGUGUGUUGGGGGGUUGGGAAUGAAAAAGAUGUGGUACGUUUUGGAAUGUGUAAAAUGCCGGAGCCACUGUUGGUGUGGGUCAGGGAGCUCUCUCAGGUAUCAAACCACAUGAGCGCGCUCCGUACUGCUUGUUCCAGCUAAGGACAUUCAGCUACGGCUGUGUGCUAAAAAGAAAACCUGCAGGAACGUCGAGAAGAAUAAUGUCCGAAACAAAGGCACGUUGCUUAUGACAAUAGCAUUACUUAGCAACUGCAUUGAAAAGCUGUUAACUAGGAAUAGCUCAGUUGUAAAUAGUACGUAGGUGUAGCAGUACAUCUAAUAUUAAAUCGGUAAGUGAGGUGGGAUAUUGGGAUCCGGAGGCGGUGUGUUUGAAAAUGAAAUGUUUGCAGUUUUAGUGUGUUAGCGGGGUUGUCACUAGUUCAGGGGAGUGUUCCAUUUUGGCUUGAGAAUACAGCACCUAGUUUAUUUGUGCUGUAGCACUGUGGUGAUGGAAGUUGGCCAGAGAAAUUAUUUCCAGUGGCAAAUGUGAUUUGUUGGUGAUGAGGUUUGUAUUGGUAAAGAGAGAAGUUAAAGGAGCUGAAAGGCUUGUGUUGGGGUUCUAGCCUCGUUUAUCAGAGUAGGGGUGCGUGAGUCAGAGUUGAGGCCUUGGGCACCUUGCUGAUUUGGGCUCUGACCUUCAGUCUGCCACAAUUCUCUGAAGGAUUUCAACUGUGUUUUUGUACGGCGGUAUCAUUUGUGUGUCUGUAUGUGUCUGUCUGUCUAUCUGUCUCUGUGUGUGUGUAUGUGUGUGUGUGUGUGCUUUCAUAUGUGUUUUGCAGAGGAGCUUGCUGUGGUUCACACCAUAUCCUCAUUCUAAAAUUCUCCUAGUACCCAUUUCCACAUUCCAGUAUUCACUGUGCAAUACAUCAUAACGCCCAUCACCCCCCUCGAAAUUUAGCUAUUGGUCUAACAUCUAUGUUUAAUUCCACUGAGGUGAAUUUUUAAACUCUGUGUGUCUGUGUGUCUAUGUGUCUCUGUGUGUGUGUUUGCGGGGAGGGAGGGCUCUGCUUUAGUAGCCUAGUCUGUGGAUUUGAGGAACCUGUCCUGCUCGUGUGUGUGAAGACUCCUGGUGGUCACCACCUCUCCAGACUGUUUAUGCACAUGUGGCCUAUCACAAGUGCAGCGGACCUUUUGAGGACCAAUCGUGUACAUUGUCUACAGUGUGUUAACAAUGGCUGCCUGCCUGUGGCCUAGAGCCAGUGCACAUUCGCUAUUCGUAUGAACUUUGCACAGUGUCAGGAUGUCAGAUGCGCCCAUCACCAGUGAUGCCUUAGCACACCACAGUCCUGUAUCCUGUAACCUGACUGGACUCUACAUGACCAGUACACUCUGACAAGUACACAACUUUAUGAAGAUUUAUGCUGUGUGUCAAGGUUUAGUUUUUUUUCUUUCACAAUAGAGGACCAGGUCUAAUUCAGUGAAUACCUUGAGGGAAGUUACUGUAAAUCAUGUUACUCUUUUGGGGGUUAAGACCAAAAUAUGACAAUGUCACACUUGUGCCGUCACAGUGUCUUGAGUUAUGUUUUUUUUCUUUGUUUUUUUUCUUUCUUCUUAAGUGUUUGUCAAAUGGCUUGUUUUAUUGUUGACUGACAUUUAGAUAAUGUCAGUCCAUGGAUGGAUUGAAGGCUUGCCCUGUUAAUAUCAUUGUUUAAGCAAGACCCAUGUUGUCACCAAAACCACAUAAUCAUGUUUUAAGCAGUCUGGAAUUUCAGGGCAACAAAGAUAGUGAUUUCAUUUGGAAAGUUUAUUUCAAAUGAAGUAGCAUCAUCAGCAAAGAGAGGACAUAAUGUUUCAUUGGACGAGCUUGGUGUGAGUUACUGCUGACAAUCUGCUCAUCUGUGACUGUUGUACACAGACACUUUUUAGGUGAUUUAAAAAAAUGUAAUACUUGUAUUAUGCUUUUCAGUGUAAUGAGACUUUUAAUGUGUGGUAUGGCUUGGGGUUAUCGGCUGUCACAGUUAAGAGAUAUUUUGAAAACUGUUUUGUCUGUGUGUACAAAUAUUCAAGGCAGCAUAAAGACUCAGUCAAUGAAGGACCUUGUUACAGCCUAAAACAUGAUUGUAAAUGUAUGUAUCCUUUUUCACUGUGUUGAGACGACACUUUCAUAACCAACAAGACCGCUGGUCUAAUGGGCAUAAUAUUAGCUCUCGCUUUCACGUAACAGUGGCUCGUGGGACAGUGUCUUGCAAGCAAACGAUUCAAGGUGAAAAUAUUCAGCCAACAGCAUUGAUAUUCUGAUGUAAAAUGUAUAUAUGUUCCGUAUUUAUGUAGUUUCAAAACUUGACCAGAUACCUGCCUCGUUUACAAUUAAGAUAUUCCCUCACUUGUAUUCGAAAUACAAAUUCAAUAGUCUGGUAGCAUUCACCACAAAGCGUAACAGUGGACAACAUGAGUGUGGAUUGUGCUCAUCAUUUAAGUAUUCUCUUUCUCUUGCAAUUACAAAAAAACAAACAUUUUAUUUAACAUAUAACAAACGGUACAGUUCUUUUCAUGUAUGAAACCGUUCUCAAAUAUGUAUUUUUGUAUUUAUAGACUUCUAUGUAGAUUUAUCAACACUAACCAUUUGUUUUAAACCGUGUGUGACGCUCCUGAAAUUGUGUUUGAAUAAAUUGUCCGGCCCUCA